AACAACCGUCAUAAAACAAAAGAAGAAGACGUGGUUGUUGACCUGCUAGAAUCAUGGAGUUAUUGUAAUAAAGUGCUUUUUAUCAUGUCAAGACGGUGUUAUUUUCACCCCGACUGCAAAUCUCCUAUAUAUGGCCUUCCUAAGGAUGACAAAAUUAGGCAGCAAUGGUUAAAUUUUAUUUUUAACUCGAGUUCUGAACAUAACAACCCCAACAUAUUUCUCUGUGCUGCGCAUUUUACAGAGGACAGCUUCCUUAAUCGUGAAGAGUACAAUGCUGGUUUCACACAAAUGCUUAACUUGAAAAAUGAAUCAGUUCCUACUUUAACAGGACAACUUGCUAAUAAUGGACCAAAACCUGAUGUGGAUUAUUGUGAAUCUUCAGUGUAUGUGACUGAUGGGAGCUCCACAGACGAUCUGGAUUCAAUGAGCACCAACAAACAUCUCUAUGAAGAGACAUCCGGUCCCACACAGGAAUCAGAGCUCAGUCUCACUUUACUCUGUUACAGCGAGUCAGACAGUGAUCAGGAGGAUGAAUCUUCUGAUAAAACCACCAAAAAGUCACAGAAUUUUGUCUGUAAAGCUGAAGAACGGCAGCAGACCAUGGUGAAGAUGUGUUCAGUCCAACUGGAGGACUGCAAGAACCUGAUGGAGAUAAAAGCAGAAACCACAGAAGAGGAACAUAACACUGAUGAUGAUGAUGAUGAAGAUGAUGAUCUUGUUCCUUCGGAUGAGCCUUGUGAUGACAAUGAUGAUCAAUCUACUUCUUCAGAUGAGAUCAAUGAAUCUUCCGAUGAAGAAAAAACACACAAGUGUCCAUACUGUAAGAAGAUAUUUUCCGAUACGUGGAAGGUUAAGUUACAUGUGCGUCUACACACCAAAGAGAAAUCGUAUCAAUGCAGCAUAUGUGGGAAAACCUUUAAGCUUUCAAGUUCUUUAAAGUCACACGAAAAAACACACAGUGAUGAGAAACCCUUUUCAUGUUCACACUGUGAUAAAUGUUUUAGAAAUAAAUAUAAUCUAAAAGAACACGAGAAAGUUCACACUGGAGAGAAACCGUACCUGUGCCAACACUGUGGGAAGAGUUUCUCUAACUCUACUGGUUUAAAAGAUCAUCUAAGAGUUCACACCGGAGAAAAACCGUAUCAUUGUUCUCAAUGUGGAAAGAACUUUGCACAUCCCCAGGCCUUUAGGCUUCAUCUGCGAGUUCACACUGGAGUUAAACCUUUUCCGUGUAGUUUUUGUGGGAAGAAUUUCACUCGACGGGACAAUUUGGCGACACAUCAGAGAAUUCAUACGGGAGAAAAACCUUACAAGUGCACCCAGUGUGAUAAGGGAUUUACACAAGCGGUUCUCCUGAGACUCCAUCAGAAAAAACAUGGUGGAGGAAAACAUUAAUAUCUAUAGAGAUAUUCAGUCAUGUAGGACAUUUAAAGACUCUAAAGAAGAAACAUGCUGAAGAACAGACUGUGAAAAUGACAAAUAAGUCAUUCACAAAAAAAAUGUUACAAGCACUAUUUUAGAUUUGUAGAAGACUUUAUAUUUUCUGUACUGUAUUGAAAAUAACAGCAGAUUUAAUUCGAUUUCGCACUCGAAAUCUUAUUAUCAGCUCCUCUUGAAGAUUUUUCUACAUUUGUAGUUUUGUGACAUUUAUAAUGUGAUUUUUUUGUUUAUGCAUGUAUGCGUAUUUAUUUUUUUAUACAUACAAUUAUAAAUAGAUUUUAAGGUUUGUUUUUGGUUUACCCAGAACAUUUUCUUUACAGAAAUUGAGCAUUACUACCUGUAUAUUCAAAAAGAUUUUUUUUUCUCGUUGUCUCUAUUCUCGAAUGUACAUAGUUAAUGUUGUGUUGUUAUCUAUCAUUCCUCUAAAUAAAAAAACUCAAACACGUCAUUUAAUAUAAUGAUCUGGAUUCAUAAUAAAUAUACCGUAG